UUCCUCUAAGUAAUUCUCAGUUCAUAUAUUGUCCCUUUUGUGGUUAUAAUUAAUUAUAUCAUUCAAGCUUCUCGCAAGAGUUCACCAGCUGAAACAUUGCAUUGGAGAGCUAGUCUUUCAAGGUAGUUGUUGCAUGGCGUUAGUGAGAUAAUGAGCAUUCGGAUUACGGAUAGUGCUAUAAAUUGCUGCUAACUCAAGAUUAUAAAGCCUAAUGAUGAAAGUGUGAAGAAGAUGAAAGAGACUAGGAAUGACAAUCAAGUUGCUGGGUCGACCUCAUCUAAAUCAAAAGUAUUUCCUUCAAAUUGCAUUUCAUGGUUACCAAAUCUAGAGGAACUACAAGUGAAUUCUUUGACAAGUGAUGUGGUAUUUGAUUUAGAAGGGCAUGACUCAGCAUUUUCUCAACUACAGACAUUUGAAGUGUGCGAUUCAAAUGAGGAGCAUUUGUGGAAGAACGUUCAACCUGGAUUCCAAGGUUUUCAAAAUGUAAGAUUUUUAACAAUUUUCGGAUGUGGCAGUCUGAAAUAUCUAUGCCCCUAUGAAAUUUACAAGCUCCUUGAGAAUCUCCAAGAAGUCUUUAUAUAUUUAUGUGAGAAUAUGGAAACUAUAGUACUGGCAGCUGCUUCCAUAGAGGACAAUAUCCAUGAAGAAGGGAAAGAGACAGGUGGCAGUGGCGCGAGGACUUUGUUUCCCAAACUACUGAUCAAUAGCUUCACACUUGAGAGAUUGCCAAACCUUGAGAGAUUUUGCCCUGAUGCCUUUUCUUUUGCAUGGUCCUCCUCCACGAGAACUAUGGUGGUGAAAAGUUGUCCCAAAUUAAAGACAUUGGGCUUUGCACCAGUAAACAAAAAGCUCCCCGCAGCAGUUGCAGAGAAUUUGAGUGAUGAUCAUGUAAGAGGUAGAAAAGAAUCAGGAUCUGGAUGUGCAUCAUCAACUGGAUCUAGAUCUGGAUUUGGAUGUGCGCCACUAGUUUGCUUACAAAGUCGUCCAUCUAGUCGCAACUUUACUCAAAUACUGCCCCGCCCUGCAAAUAGAGAGGUUACGCCGGCGAAUCUUCAGACCUCAAGUGCUAGCCACAAUCUAGAAGAUCUUCGUGUAGAAAGUUGCGAUUUAUUGGAAGUGAUAUUUUUGGUUCAGGAAACCCCUUCUACUCAAGCAUUUGAUAAGCUGAGGGAAUUGAUGUUGGAGAAUUUACCAACGCUGAGCCACAUAUGGGAAAAGGGUUUACAAGUUAGCUCAGGCUUUGGAAACCUGAGAUUACUGGGAGUAGUGGGCUGUGGCAAUUUGAGAUACUUGUUUUCACUGCACAUAGCCAAACUUCUUACCUGCCUUGAGAUAAUAGGAGUUUUCAGUUGUAGUGCGAUGGAGAAAAUUGUUGGAGAGGUAGAAGGAGGAGGAGAAAGUAUUGAGGAUGAAUUGACAUUUCCGCACCUAAAUUAUAUCAUACUUCGGAAUUUACCCAAACUUGAAUCUUUCUGCUCUCAAGCUUAUACUUUGAAGUGGCCAGCCUUGGAGGAAGUCAAAGUUGACGAGUGUCCAAAAUUAAAAGUGUUUGCUCCUGAGUCUCUGUAUGUAUAAGCAGCCGACAUGUGUCUAUAAAGCGUCCACGUGUAAAGAAAAGAAGAAUGUCAUCAGAAGCCAAGAAGCUACAUGAUAUGUUGCGGUGCACAUCUACAAGAUACCAUGACAUACGAAUUUCGUUACCGUCGCUUUCAUCACUGAUUAUA